AUGUACAUUCACGAGCUAAUCCUCGACGGUUUCAAGUCGUACUCUUCGCGGGUGGUCGUCGGCCCCCUGCAUCCCCAAUUCAACGCCAUUACAGGUCUGAAUGGGACCGGCAAGUCAAACAUUCUUGACGCAAUAUGUUUUGUUCUCGGUAUCUCCAACCAUUCUUUGGUCCGCGUAGCCAGGCUGGAAGAUUUAGUGUACAAACAGGGCCAGGCGGGCAUAACAAAGGCUACCGUGACUAUCAAGCUAAAAAAUGACCCAAACCAGACUAACAACCCUUUGCCACCUCCAUACAAGGAGAUGAGAGAAAUUUCUAUCACCAGGCAAAUAAUUAUUGGAGGGAGAGACCGGUACUUGUUGAACAGCCGUAUUGCGCAAGUGAAAGAGAUUAAAGAUUUCUUCCAGUGCUGUCAGCUAAACAUCAAUAGCCCUCAUUUCAUGAUUCAGCAAGGGAAGAUAACGAAGGUGAUAAACAUGAAGCCAAAAGAGCUGCUGGGCCUGAUUGAGGAGGUUUCAGGCACUCGGAUGUACGAAUUAAAGAGGGCCAACGCUGUAAAAAUGGUGGAAAAAAAGGAACAAAAGCUUCAAGAGAUACAAAGUAUCUUAUCCGAGGAAAUACAGCCAAAUGUAGAACGACUACAAAGGGAAAAGGCUGAUUACCAAAACUAUGUUAACCUCAAGGAAGCGUUGCAUCAUUUCCAGAGGUUUGAUACAGCUUACCGCUAUUUCUGUGCAAAACAAACGGUGCAACAAGGGAUGGAGGCCUUUGCUGAACUUCAGCGGGAGAGGUCGACGUUAGUAGCUGAACUGGAGGCUGCAGACAGACAGCGGGAGGAAGCGGAAAAGCAGCUAGAAGCUCUUGAGGUGGCACGAGCGGAAAAGGACGCUCCACUAAGGAUGCUACGGAAAAGGAAGGAAGAAACCGAGAAGGCGCUGUCUCGGCUGCAAGCUGAGACACGCAGCUGCAAGCGAGAUCUGGAUAUGCUUCACAUAUCCGUAAAAGAACAAGAUAAAGAAGUGCAGAGGCUGGAAAAAUCCCUGGAGAACAGGAGAAGUUCCCGUUCCAUGGAGGCUGCACAGGCUGAGCAACUAGCUGAAGAAGUUGAACGACUAAGGUCAGAGCUCAAGGAAAAAUCUGAGAAGCUCCAGGCGGUUAGCAGCGGAGGCGUGGGAGCCUCUGGGUCUAUUCGAGAUUUGCUCAAGACGUCCAGAUCGGAGGAAGCGAGACUGGAAGCUCAAGAUUUCUCUAUUUUGCAAGAGAUAACUUACCUGAAGAGUGAACUAGAAGCCAUAACUGAAAAGGAGAAAAAUUUAUGCUCGGAUCGGGCACUGAUGGAAAACAGCGUUCAAGAACAGAGAUCCCGGAUUAAUGAGCUGAAAUGUCAAAUCGAGGCACUAGGGAACAGUGACAAGCCAGCUUCGGCAAUUCAGUCUGCGCUUGCUGAAUUGCAAGAGAAGCAACGUGCGUUUUGUCUUGAGGCUCAGGAGGCCAUGCAAGAAUUGCGGUCUUGGGCUAAGAUUGAUGUGAGGCUACCCAAAGGCAUUGAUCCAUCUCGCUUCGCAGGUCAAAUUUUUGAGCUUGUAUCUCUCAAACAGGAAUAUGCCACUUUCAGCAAAGCCAUGCAGGUACGUGGCAAGCCGAGGAAGAAGGCUAUCACUUACAAGGGCUGCGAGAACGUUAGCUCAUGGAGGCACUCUACUCACGUUCUUGUGGGGGGAAAGCUUGAGUACAUCGUUGUGAGCGACAAGGACGCCAGUAAAGCUAUUUUCAAAGAAAACAACUUCGCGCAAGGUAGGAGGCGGGUUACGCUUCUUCCGCUGUCGGAUUGUCAUGUUGGUCGCGUUUGCGAUAAGCAAGCCCUAAUGGCGAAUCGGCGCCUAGUAGGUCUUCCACCCGACGACACAAGCGGUGUUUUACGCUGCUUGGACAUGGUUGAGUAUGACGUUCGUAGGCAUUCCAAAGUGGCCGAAUAUGCCUUUGGAGGAGGGCUGAUUUGUCGUUCUGCAGCGAUAGCUCAAAAGAUCACCUACCAGAAGAACUGCAGGCUGGCUUUCCCCACAGCAACUGCAGAGGGAGAUGUCUUUCAGACUGGAGGAAUCAUGGCAGGUGGAAGUGUGAGGGAUGUGCGACAGACGAUGCUCACCUGGAAACGAUACAAGGAUGCAGUAACAUCAGCUGAGGAAGUCGCAGUCCGCAUCAGAGCACUUGAAACAGAGUUGGCACCCCUCCAGGCCCGGGAACAGCAGUCAGAAAGCCUUCGAAAGUCUCUGAGGCUGGCAGAAAAUCAACUCAGGAAUACUGAGCGUCUAUUGGGGAGCAGCGACGCAGGAUCCUGCCGCGCACGUAUGGAGGAGGUGCAAAAGCUUCUUUGGGAAAAAGAACAGCUUAAACGGGAGGUUGAAGUUAAACGAAGAGAGGCCCAGAAUACAAUACUGCGACUGGAGACAGAGAUCCAUGAUAUUGAGACAAACAAGGAUAAGAUCGAAGCUACGCUCAGCAAGGCGGUGAAGGCUCUUCGUACUCAACUGAAGCAAUCAGAGGGACGUCUGGAGGAACUGCAAUUAAAAACGAGCGAUGUGAGGCUGCAGCUGCAGACGAUGCAGCAGGAGCUAGAAGGAGCCCGCAGUGACCUGGCAUCUCGAAUUGAGAAAGUUGGACAACAACAGCAACAGUUGGAUGCGAAGUAUGCGGAACUAAAGGAAAAGAUUUCUGAACAAGACAAGAUAGAAGCGGAACUGAUGGAGCAAGCCACCGAAGCUCAAAAAGAAUGCCAGCAACAAAAUCGUGCGGCGGACACAUUAAAAAGGGUUGCAAAGGCCAAGGAGGCAAAGUCUAUCGCACUAAAGAAACUCGAUCUCGCAGCUAGGGACCGCGAGAAGACGCUUUCAUCUGCAAGAGAGGACGUCAAAAAUUUGCUCUCAGCCCACGAGUGGCUUGUGGCGGAGGAACCCAAGUUCAACCAGACCGGCACCCCGUAUGACUUCAAACAAUUGCGACCUGAAACUGCACGCCAGCGUAUUCAGCAGCUGAAGGCCGAUAUUGACCGGUUGAGAAAAAAUGUAAAUAGCUCUGCUGGAACAUUACUUGAGAAAACCGAGGCUGAGCUACAAAUCCUCUUAAGUCGAAAGGCCCAAGUGGAAGCAGACCGGGAAAAGAUACGGGAGGUUAUUGCAUCGCUCGACGAAAAAAAACAGAAAUCCUUAGGAAAUACAUGGCGUCUUGUUGACGGGAAUUUUGCGGCCAUAUUUGAGCAGCUGUUACCUAAUGCGCAGGCCAAGCUUGUUCAGGUGGACCCCGAUGACCUGAUGAAAGGGCUAGAAAUGAAGAUAGCGUUCCACCACAAAUGGAAAGAUUCUCUUUCAGAGCUUUCUGGGGGUCAGAGGUCGCUUUUGGCUCUCUCACUAAUCCUUGCGCUUCUUAAAGUGAAGCCUGCUCCCGUUUACAUUCUCGACGAAGUAGACGCCGCCUUAGAUUUGUCCCACACUCAGAACAUUGGACACGUCUGGUUGACGGCACUUCAGGAGUGGAGCGCCAAGCAUUGGCAGACAGGACGGACCCAAAGGAAGCCAAUGUACUCGCUUGUGGAUCCUCACGCAAAAGGCACAGAAGAGCAGCAACGGGCGGAUGCUCCAGUGACGAUUCAAGCUGAAAUGUUUAAUGCAGGCCUUUUGUACGACUACCACUCCCUGUGCGAUUAA